ACUAAAAACGAAAAAACUUAACAACAACAACAAAAAAUUCCGUUCCCCAAGAAAAUUUAGAAAACGGUCAGUUGCGAGCGGACCUCUGAAAAUAGCGGAACUUUUGCCAACCAUAGUCCGCGAAAAACGUUCAAUUUUUAACUUUUUUUAACUUAAAUUUAAGUUUAGCUUUUUAGUUUUUACAUAUUUUUUUUUAUUAAAUAAUUUAAAUUUCUUUUCUGUGUUAAUUCUUUGUUUCAUUUUUUGAUCGUUUCUCACGUUCGCUCAGUCAAAAUAAAAAUUUAAGUUAGAAAAUAAUACAUUUUUUUUUUCAAAUUUCAUUUUGUUUUAAAUAAUAUUUAAAAAAAAGUUGCAUACAAAUUUUUCAAAACGAUAUGACAUUUUCGCGAAUAAAAGUGAUAACUAUAUUAGUGUGCUCAUUUUUGGCACUUAGUUUUCCCGGAUAUGUAAACUGUGCAAACAAAAAAGGAUCACAGGGUGGUGGCUCUUCUGCCCCACCACCACCACCAGCACUUCCUCUUGAACCAGAAGCCGUAAUCGAGGAGGUCAAUGCAAAGCAAUUGGAUAAGCUCCUAGCCGAAAAGGAUUACGUAGCUGUAUUCUGGUAUGCCAGAAGUUGUGUUACCUGUGAUAAAGUAUUGUCUGAGCUCGAAAAAAUUGACGAUGACACUGAUUCGUUUGGUGUGGAUUUUGUGAAAAUUAACGAUAAACGACUAGCAAAACAAUAUGGAAUUAAGAAUUUCCCAGCACUCACGUAUUUCCGUGAAAAGGAACCAAUUAUCUACGAUGGCGAUCUCAUGGACGAAGAAGGCGUCCUCGAUUUCCUUACAUCCCUCGAAGCCAUGGACCUGCCCGAUCGCAUUGAAGAAGUCAACGCAAAGAUUUUGCUCAAAAUCAUCGAGGACACAGAUUUCGUAGCUGUUCUUUUCUGUCCUGAUCAUGCGACAUGUCCUCCAAGGGUAAUGGAUAAACCGGAUUGCAGAAAAUGCGCCAAGGCGCUACAGGAACUGGAGAACAUUGACGAUGAAGCCGAUCAACUGGGAAUUGGAUUUGUCAAAAUCCACGAUGAAGCUCUGGCCGAUGAAUACAAUCUAGGUGGCCUACCUGCGCUGGUUUACUAUCGUCAUCAAACACCAAUUAUCUACGAAGGUGAAUUGUCCCGCGAAGAAGAUGUCCUCGAAUGGUUGGUUCAAAAUAAGUCAACAGGUGACGAAGAUGAUGUCAUCGAAGAUGUAACUGCCAAAACGCUGGGAACCCUGAUCAGCAACAUUGACAAUUUGGUUGUACUUUUCUAUGAUCACGGGGACGAUGACUCCAUGACCGUAUUGGAAGAGCUAGAAAAAAUUGACGACGACUGUGACAAACAUGGCAUUCAGUUUGUUAAAAUUGAUGACGCUAAGGUCGCAGCUGAAUUUGGAAUUGAUUCGAUUCCAGCAAUUGUGUACUUUGAAAAACAAAUUCCAAAUGUUUACGAUGGAGAUCUGAUGGAUGAAGAUCAGAUUCUGCACUGGUUGUUAGGACAAUUAGAAAGUGACGAAAUCGAAGAUGUUACUGACGAAAUGCUCGACAAGCUGGUCAAGGAGGGCAAAGUAAUGGCAGUUCUUUUCUAUGACAACAAUGACAAAAAGUCACAAAGAGUUCUGGAAGAACUAGAAAAUAUCGAUGAUGAAUGCGAUUCGCUGGGUAUAACCUUCGUUAAGAUCGACAAUCCUGAGGAAGCUCUCGAGUAUGGCAUAAAUAAAGUUCCUAAAUUAAUCUACUUUGAAAAAGGCAUUCCGACCAUAUAUGAAGGCAAUUUAGAGGAUGAAGAGAAGCUACUCAAAUGGCUUGAAGAUCAAACUAGUUCAGAUCAAAUUGAAGAUGUUACCGAUGAGAUGUUAGAUUUGAUUGUGGAAAAAAUGUCAUAUGUAGCGGUGUUGUUUUACGACAAAGAUCAAAAGAAAUCACAAAAGAUUCUUGCCGAACUGGAAAACAUUGACGAUGAAUGCGAUCAAAAUGACAUUGCUUUUGUCAAAAUCGACGACGAUAGCGAAGCCAAGGAAUGGGGUAUUGAUGAGAUUCCAUCAAUUGUUUUCUACGAACGUGGUAUUCCGCAUAUUUAUGAAGGCGAUUUAAUGAAGGAAGAUGAACUUCUUGGCUGGUUGAUUCAUCAAAAACGUUAUUCUGAAAUUCCAGAAGUUACUGACGAAAUGAAGGAUAAACUAAUUGAGACCACCGAGCAUUUAGCUGUUAUAUUUUACGAUAAGGAAGAUAAACAAGACAUUCGUGUAUUGAAUGAACUUGAAAACAUCGAUGAUGAAUUAGAAAAAGAAGGCAUUGUUAUUGUGCGCAUUGAUAAUGCUGCCGAAGCUAAAGAAUACGGCUUAGAUCAUUUGCCAGCAUUGAUUUAUUUCGAAGAGAAAAUUCCAGCUCUCUACGAAGGCGAUCUGAUGAAUGAAGAAGAAGUUUUGGAAUGGCUUAUUUUACAAAAGAGAACUUCAACAAUUGAAGAAGUUACCGAUGAAAUUUUGGUUAAUUUGAUCAAUGAUCAUGAAUAUGUUGUUGUUUUCUUUACUGGCAAUUGUGAACCUGGUGAUAAAUGUGAAAAAACUUUGAAUGCACUUGAAAGCAUCGAUGAUGAAUUAGAUGAAGCUGGCAUUAUUUUUGUUACAACUGAAGAUACAACUUUGGCUAAGAAAUACGGAAUCAAGACAUAUCCACAAUUGGUGUUCUUUAGAAAUCGUGAUCCAAUGGUAUUCCCUGGUGAUUUGGAUGAUGAAGAUGAAGUUUUGUCGUGGGUUACUGAUGAAGAAACUUUGGAAAUUCCUGGAAAAAUUGAAGAAGUCAAUAUGAAAAUGUUGGAGAAGAUUUUGUCGGAAAAUGAACAUGUUGUUGUGUUUUUCUAUCGUGAAGGAGACAAAAAAGCCCAAAAGAUCUUAAAUGAAUUGGAAAACAUUGACGAUGAAUGUGAAGAAAAGGAUAUUAAUUUCGUUAAAACUUCCGACGAAGGCAUUGAUAAAGAAUAUGAUGUACAAACACUGCCCGCUCUUGCAUUCUACAGAAAUAAAUUUAGGACAUUCUAUCAAGGUGACUUGAUGAAGGAAGAAGAAAUUCUUGAAUGGGUUAUUGAUCUUUAUGAGUCCAAUGCUGAUGUUAUUGAAUCUGUUGAUCGUAAAACACUUCAAGUAUUGAUCAAUGAUGUUGAACAUUUAGCAGUAUUUUUCUAUGAUGAUAAGUGCAGCACAUGUUCAGAAAUUCUCGAAGAACUAGAGAAUAUUGAUGAUGAUACAGACAAACAUGGUAUUCAGUUUGUCAAAUCCAAUGAUGUCAAAUUAGCCCAUGAAAUCGGAAUAUUUGCUUUCCCAGCUUUGGUGUACUAUGAAACUGGAGUUCCGAUCAUGUAUGAUGGAAGUCUCUCCGAUAACCAAGAAGUAUUCCAAUGGAUUCUUGAGCAAAAAGCCGAUGAAACCAUUGAAGAAAUCGAAAGAAAUACACUCUUUGACUAUAUUGCCACAAAAGAUUUCCUAGCCGUUGUAUUUUAUAAAGAAGAAGAUGCUGAUACACCAAGAAUACUUCGACAUAUUGAAUUGAUUGAUGACGAAGCUGUUGAAUAUGGAAUAAGUAUUGUUAAAAUGAAAGAUCGUUUAAUGGCAAAGAAAUAUGGAUAUAGAAAUCCUCCAGGAAUAACUUAUUUUAGGAAAGGAAAGUAUAUAAAUUAUGACGGUGAUAUUGAUGAUGAGGAGGAAGUUCUUGAUUGGCUUACGAGUCCUGCUAAUAUGGAAAUGACAGACCACAUCGAACAGGUCAACCGAAAAAUGUUUGAGAAAAUUCGCAAGGCAUCUGAUUACUUGGCCGUUAUUUUCUAUAGCGAUGAAUGCAAGCAAUGUCCAAGAGUUCUAGCUGAAGUUGAACACAUUGAUGAUGAAGCUGACAAAGAAGGCAUAGAUUUCGUUAAGAUUGACGACAGACAAAUGGCCAAGGAAUAUGGUGUAUUUGCAUUACCUGCAAUUGUAUUCUUUAAACCAACUUCUAAGGAACCUGUCAUUUAUGCUGGAGAUCUGUAUGAGGAAGAACAAAUCCUAGCCUGGCUAUUAACACAAAAGGAUCCAAGUGGUGACGUCAUAGAAGAUCUAGAAGGAGAGCGAUUAAUUCAUCUUAUCGAGGAAUCCGGUUCUAUAGCUGUGUAUUUUUGGAACAAAACACAAUGCGACAUUUGCAGCUCGAAGGCGAUGCGAAAGGCGCGCAUGAAAAAAGAGCGCGAACAACAGCAAGAAGGUGGUGGCGCUAGUGCUGCAGCCGCUUUUGGGGGCGAAGAAACUAUGGAGGCAUCUGAAAAACCAACACAUCACGAAGAGGAUACUGAUGGAUGCGAACAGUGCACAAAAGUAUUGGAGGAAUUGGAGAAUAUUGACGAUGACUGCGAUAAGCAUGGAAUAACUUUUGUCAAAACAAAAGACUUCUCAGUUGCGGAUGGCUAUGGAGUACAUGAUUAUCCAGCACUGGUGUACUUUGAAGGAGGAAUUCCGAAUGUUUUUGAAGGUGAACUUAACGAAGAAGAAGAAGUACUACAAUGGCUGAUAACACAAAAAACAGAAGAUCGAAUAGAGCUUAUCACUCGACAAAUGUUAGAAACUAUGGUCGAAGAAACCCAAUAUCUAGCUGUUUAUUUCUUACCCCCAGAUCGAAAUGGAAAACCACCCGCUUAUUGCCGAACUUUUUGCGCUCCAAUUAUGUAUUCGACCAAUAUCACCACCACCAAUCCCGCUAAAAAAGCCUUUGUACAGAAUUACAUCACGCAAAAAAGAAACCGUGUCCGUAAACAAGAUAAAAUCAAUUGUAACAUUUGUGAUCAGAUUUUGGAAGGAUUGGAGAUGAUCGAUGAUGAAUGUGAUGUUUUUGGCAUUCAUAUGGUCAAAAUUCAGGAUCCUCAAUUAGCCAAACGUUAUUCCAUAAAAACUUUCCCAGCCCUUGUUUACUUCAGAAAUGGAAAUCCUCUUCUCUUUGAGGGUGAUCUUCAAAACGAACAAUCUGUCCUAGAAUGGUUAAUUGAUGAUGAUAACCGAGAAUUAGCUGAUGAAAUUGAAGAAGUAAACGAAAGAAUGCUCGAUCGUCUAAUGGCUGAGUCUACACUUUUGGUUGUUUUCUUUUAUGAUGAAGAUUGUGCAGAAUGUGAAGAAAUUCUCGAAGAAUUGGAAGAAAUUGACGGAGAAGCCGACAUGUUUGGCAUUGAUUUUGUUAAAAUUGCUAGCGUUGAUGCUGCCAAGAAAUAUGAAAUUGUUAAUAUUCCAUCUUUAGUUUAUUUCCGAAAACAAGUUCCUGUGCUGUAUGAUGGUGACUUACAUCAACAUGAUAAAAUCAUAACUUGGUUAACAUCUCAAGAUGUAUUCGAAAUUAAAAACGAAAUCGAAGAAGUCAAUCGUAAAAUGUUGGAUAAACUUUUGGAAGAAAAUGAAUUCAUUACCGUCUUUUUCUACGAACAUAAUCAACAAGACAGUGCAGCAGCUUUGGAGAAGUUAGAAAAUAUUGACAGCGAAACUGACAAUCUUGAUAUAACUUUUGUCAAAAUGGCUGAUUCCAGAUAUGCCAAAAAGUGGGGAGUUACUAAACUGCCAGCUAUGGUCUACUUUAGAAGAAGAUUCCCCAGUAUUUAUAGAGGGGACCUCCUAUCGGAAGAUGAAGUCUUAGAAUGGCUAAGAAAAAAUCGUUUCCGACAGCCCGAACUUAAUAUUUUCAUGUAUGCCCUUAUAGCGUUAGGUGUUGGUUUUGUUAUGUAUACGGCGUUCCUUAUGCAAUGUUUCAAACCUACACCUCCACCGCCCGUUCAACAUCCUAAACAGACGUGAUAGACUUAAUUAAUCGUAAUUUAUUUUUAAUAAAGCAAAAUGCACGCUAUCAAUAAAAAAAAAAUUCAUAAAAAAAUGUAAAUCAAUGACAUCGACCAACACACAAAAAUACUAACGCUAUAGUCUAAAUUAGACAAAUCAAAUUAAAAAUAAACAAAACAAAAACAAAAAAAAAACAGUAUAUAAAAUUAAAUUAAAAACAAAAUAAAAAAAGAAAAAGAAAAAA